AUGGAGUCUUCACGUGAGUUGGAUUGUCUCGGCUGUGGAGGAUGCACUGGCAAAUGUGCAAACCUUCCAGCACUCCAUCAGCUCCCGACAGUGACCAUCAAAGCAAGGAUGGGCCAGCGUGUCAACAUCAGCCUCUACGACUUCGCCUACUACAGCUCCACCGUCAACUACACCACCAAGAAAACUCUUCUCGACAUCAAAAUGCUCCAACAACAAUAUCAACAACAAAAAAUGGCGGGCAUGGAUUUGCAUUUAAAAAUAAGCAACAACAACAUUAACAACAAAAACAUUAAAAAAGACAACGAUGAAAACAAGAAAAGAGACACUAAUUUGAUACAAUUAGAAUUACUGAGGCAGCCAACAAGUUACGCCCAUCUUCCACCGCAAAACAGAAAGUCAAACGACAACAACGUCAUCAUCGUCAGCAACAACAACCGCAACAACAAUAACAUGUACUUCAAUAGCACAUUCAAUUUUUCCAACGAUAAUAAUCAACUAGCAGACACAAAAGUCAACAGCAAACUUGCAACAGAGAUAAAAAUUAAAAAAUUAAAAAUUUACAACAACAUCGGCAACGAUAAAACAGAACAGUUGUACAGCAAAACAAAUAAGGGAACAAUGCAUCGACCACAUACUAAUUCCGAACGUAGAUCAUCAUAUCAUUUCAAACGUUUUGUUCAUCCAAACAAGAUAUCAAAUCAACAUCAACAGCAACAGCAACAACAACAGCAGAAGCAACUACAACAACAACUACAGCAAGUUGGAUCGUGUAGAAGCUACGGCUACAUUUUAGACGUUUCGACAGGUCGCAAGGAGGAGCUGAAGAACUGCAAGAGGCGACUGACGAAUGUGAUGACGUCACAUGGUCAUAUUACGUACAACUUAUGCAUGCGGUUCAUUCAUUUGCUCUUCAUAGAGAAAUAUUUAUCUUGCGGAAAAUGUCUCAGGACGGCGUCAGAAAUAAUAAAAGCAAAUGAAAACAAAUAG